GUCCAGUCUUACCCCUGCUCCCUAUAUAAAGCCCUUGGUUGAUAGAGUCGAGUCAUAGAGCAAGAGUUAGAGCCACCAAAGCACUAACCAUGACAAGGAAGAAGGUCAAGCUUAUGUGGAUUGUCAAUGACAGUGCUAGGAAAGCCAGUUUCAAAAAAAGGAGGGGAGGACUACUGAAAAAAGUGAGUGAGCUGACCACCCUAUGCGGUGUGAGUGCUUUUGUCAUCGUCUAUGGUCCAGACGAUCAAGAGGGAGCGGUGUGGCCGUCCCAGCAGGCAGUGCAACAACUGCUGGCAAAGUUCCAGAGCGUGCCGGACAUCGAGCGGUGCAAGAAAAUGAUGAACCAAGAGACAUAUCUCCGGGAGAGAACAACCAAAGUGCAAGACCAACUGAGGAAGCAACAGAGGAAGAACAAGGAGGUGGAGGUGGGCCAUCUUAUCCGCCAAAUCCAACAGGGUAGGAAAGUGGAGGAGCUUGAGAUGAACGAAAUGGCUGGUUUGGCUUGGAUGCUGGAGGAGAAGAUGAAGGAGUGCCGGAAAAGGAAGGAAUGCUUUGAGCAGGUUCCUCAUGACCCGGGCUCUUUUCCUUCACCAAAGAGUGCAGCACUUGUGGACGAGAUGGGCGGAAUGGGAGGUGGUACUACUGCUGCACAGGGGAAAUUUCCCACUGAGUCUUUCAUGUGGGAUCAGUGGUUCAUAGACAUGAUGAGGCAAAAUGAGAACGCUGCUGGUAGCAGCAGUGUUAAGACUGAUAUAGGGCUCUCACCACAUGCAUAUGUGGGUGGUCCUAGCGGUGCAAGUGAUGUGGGGCUGCCCUAUGGGAACUUGGGGGGAAGUAGAGGUGGGAUUGAGAUGGGGCUGCCUCUUGGAAAUUAUAGUGGUAGCAGUCGAGGAAGUGAGAUGGGAGGCCUGCCCUAUGGGAGUUUUGGAAUCAACAGUGGUGCGAGUGACAUCGGGCAGCCUCAUGGGAAUUUUGGAGGCAUUGGUGGUGGUGGAGGUGAUAUCUGGCUGGGGCAACCUUAUGAUCAAUAUCGUGGGAAUAUGAGAGGCGGUAGUACUGCUGCUGCAAGCGCUCUGGGGCUUGGCAUGCCUCUUGGCAAUCCUGGCAGCAGCAGUGCCGCUGGAGUCGACGCGGGGCUGAAUCCUGGGGCGUUGUUUGGAGGCAGCAGUGCGGGAAGCAAUGCUGGGCUUCCAUACGAUGUCACCAAGCCAUGGCCUAACAUUUUCUACCCUUAGAAUUGGAGUGCAUUUUCUCGAUCUAGUGUUGCUGUUUGCUAGAAAGCGUCAAUUGGUCGUGUACCUUUUAUGGGAUCAUUUCUGAUUUUAUGUUGUCCUGUGAUUUCUCUAUUCAGUGAUGUUAUGUUUC